CUUAUAUCCGACUCUUUUCACUAAGGUAAUAACUAUGGUACGAAGAGCUUCGGCUCGGCUCGACCUGCCCGCGACACACACCCCAGCACCCUUCUCGACCUUCCCACCCGAUCUCUCCACCACACUUCACCGCACGCGUCGAACCAGCACACCAACCGCUCCACGCGUCACACCCGCGUCAGCCAAACACCUCCGCCCUACCAAAUCUGCUCCACAACCAUAAAACCAACAACCCGCCUGCAAAACCCCAGCAACCAUCCCGUGCGUUCUGACCUCGAGUCACCAGCAAUCCACAUCAGCACCCCCGCAGCAACCAUGCCCUACAACAACACGCCCAUCACGCCCUCAAAAGAAGUAACAGGCCAUGUCUCGCUUCCCCUCGCGCGCGUCCAAAAAAUAAUCCAAGCGGACCCCGAGCGCCUCGCGACCUCAAAAAACGCAUCCUUCGCCAUCGCGCUCGCAGCCGAAAUGUUCAUCCAGCACCUCGCCACCACAACGCAUAACGUGGUGAAAGCCGAGCGCAAGCCGCGGCGCAACAUCCAGUACCGCGACGUGUCGGCUGCGGUGGGCAAGACGGAUAAUCUGGAGUUUUUGGUCGAUGUGGUGCCGCGCACGGUGACGUGGAGGGAGUUUAAGAAGAGGCAGGGGGAGAAGGUCGAGGGGAGGGAGAAGGCGGAGGGGAAGGAGAAGGAGGGGAAGGAGGGUGGGAAGAAGGCGACGAAGGGGGAGACGGCGGUUGUGGAGGAGGAGGAAGCGGAAAUGGAAGCGGAAGCCGAGGUGGAGAAAUACGCAAAUGUAAACGCGGAUCCAAAUGCAGAUGUACCCGUACAGGAUCUACCAGAGGCUAUGGACGUCGAGCAAGAGCCCGUGGAAGAACAGGCGCUGCAGCGUGUACAAGACAGCGAACCCGAGCCCGAGCCUGAGCCCGAAAAAGACGAAGCCGCGCUGCAGAUUGAGAUGGAGAUUUCGCUGCGGCCGAGCGGGAGUCCGCGGAUGAGGAGGUCGGGCGGGUUUACGGCGAUUAAUGGGAAAUGAGGGUUGGUUGCGUAGGGGUAUGGGGGAAAGGUGUUGAUCUCAUGGUAUAUCUGCAUUGCGUUGCGUUGCGUUGCGCAUAGUUGGCGUCUGGGAGAUAUCACAGGCCACGGGCGGGGGUGUUAGGGCUUCGGCUGGUACAUCACAUUACAUUACAUUCCACCGAUCUAAUCCGUGUUCGAUUUCCAUGGUCAAGAAAAUUGCGAUUCGGACUAUCUCGCUGCACUACCACUCCCACUACCACCAAAACGUCGAUCUUCCAACUCCAC